CACGUUGUUGCUUGUAGCUCAAUAGUAAACGACAGCGCUGGACGCUGGCUUUAAAGAGUCUUGACUUUAGCUUCGAGAGAGCAUUCUUCAUGAGGAAAAUAUGCUUUUCAUCGCAUUAAUAUGGCUUCUAAAUUUCCAUGUCGUAGCGGACGGUUGUCCGAAUAAUCUGGAGACAGAGUAUACGAAUAUAUGCAAUGUUAAAUACAAAUUUGAUAAGAAACAGUUUCCGCUGCUGUUCACAGUUGGCGAAAGGGAAUUUCUUAACUCGCAACCUGUUGGCUUGAUACUAUCAUCGCGAAACGCUACAAUGGAAUGCACAUUAUCCUUAAACGUUGAAGAUAUCCUCCGAAGAAUGGCCCAAACGUCCGUCGUUUCUGAAAGGCAUGUUGCGUUCCUCGUUGCGUUCCAUUGUCCUAACCCGGCAAGGGUGUCUUUUUGCCGAGCGGGUAAUGUUACCGAGAAUGACAUCAUAAUGCACCUCGGAUUCACAGGCAAUUGUCGCGUCACAGGCGCAGACCUAGCAGUUUGGGGACGAACCGUGAACGUACAUGGUUUGCACCUGCAUAACCAAGUCACUUUACAAGAUAACGGUGAGACAAAGGCCGAGUUGCAAGGGUUAUUUAAUAUCGGUUUGUUGACUUUGAGCAAUAUGAAAAACAAGACAAUUCCCCGAAUGUUUUUGUCCUAUGUCUGGGAGAAGAUGGCCGAAUUACAACUGCGUGAUAUGUUGUUGCUUGGCUCAGAAAUAGAUAUUUUGAAAACGACUAUGCCGUAUUUACAGUCUUUAGUGUUAUGCGGGAACAAUUUACGGGCCCUACCUAAUUUCCCAUGGUGCAAAACGGGAUUGAAACUUCCGAGAAAUUUGUCCCGUACAUCGGUGUUGGACGCACAUUAUACGGAGGACGCGAUAGUAAACCCCCGCUUGUAUCGCCGAUUUUUCGCCGUUCAUUCGAACCCGGGAAUCAAUCACAAAAAUUAUAAAUUUUCUCCCGGAAAUUUGGAUAAAAUUUCCUUGCGCGCAAACGAACUGAAGUUCAUUAAUUCGACGAUGUUUGACGAUGUGACGGGCUUAAAAGUUGUCGAUUUGAGUCGAAAUAAUCUUAGCCAUAUUCCUGAACGAAUUUUUGAAAAAACAUUGGAUAUUGUUUCAAUAAACUUUGAUAAUAACAGUCUGACCUCGUUGAAUGGAAAAAUAUUCAAACAAUUAACAAAUCUUCAAACGCUUAGCGUAAAAAACAACUUCAUAUAUGCUUUACGGAACGGUUUUCUUACGAACACGUUGCAAAAAUUGGAGACGAUCAAUUUCGAAAACAAUUUGCUAAGUUUGGUUGAACCGAACGCUGUACCUCAAGGCGUCUUCGACGCGCUGAGAAAAAUUAAUUUCCGUAAGAAUAAAUUGCGCGAGGUACCACAGUUUGGUUUCUACGUUCGAAAUUUAGAAUCUUUCGAUGUGUCGGAGAAUAAAGUUAACUUUGCCGGAUUUGUCAAGACAAUCGACAGUGUUAGUUUUCAAAACAUCGUCUUUGUUCACACCAAUUUGGGCAGCUCUAUCCACACAAAAUCAGUCAAUGAAUUGCCGCUAAAUUCUAACAGUAAGAAAAUCUUAAACCUUCAAGGAAACGCAAUUGAACGUUUUGACUUGCACGAUUUUAACAGCACAAGAUUAAAAAAACUCAUGUUUAUUCUUCGCGUUUUCACGAUUCGUUUAACGGAAAAUCCCCUCCAUUGUGACUGCAGAACGAGAGAGCUGCAGUUAAAAGUGCGAAAUUGGACAAAAACCGUAAAAGAAAUUACGGGAAAGGAUUUUGAUACCUGGAUUUGCCAGUCGCCUGUAAAUUUACGCGGAAAGAAAGUUUUGAAUGUUCCCCCGAGCGAUCUCAGGUGCGUGAAGCGAGACUGUCCGAAGUGCCCCGAGCGAUGCAGUUGCUAUCAUGAUAGCAAUUCCGAUUUCGUCACGUUCGUAGACUGUCGGGGACGGAACCUUACGGCAGUUCCUAAAGAUCUACCGAAAGAGACACUUGAACUAUGUUUACAGGAUAAUCAAAUCGAAGAGUUAACUCUUUCGAAAAGCUUGGAAAAUGUUACUGUAAUUAAGGCUGGUCACAAUAAGAUAAAGAGCGUUCAUUUGGUUGAUACCCCAUUGAAAUUGAAAGAGAUUUACUUGAAUUCGAAUAAGUUAACCAAACUUCCAAAACGUUUUCAAAAUUUGUCCCUGUCUAAGAUUGAUAUCAAUAAUAAUUAUUUUACGUGCGAUUGCAAGAGUCUUUGGAUGAAAAACUGGUUGAAAAAACAAGAGAAAAUAUUUGCAGGCGGUGCAAGAAGUGUUGUUUGUAGUUCAGGUGGGAUGAAUGUAGCAAAACCUUUAAUUUCGAUUGAAGACAAAGAUUUUGUUUGCAGUAAGGAAACUGAUCCGGGAAAGAAUGCGAAUAGAAAUAUACAUACUGUAAGAGACGUCGUAUUCUAUGCUGUCGCAGGAAUUUUCUUCCUAAAUAUUAUCGCAGCUAUUCUUCUUUAUCGUUUUCGUAAAGAACUGAAGCUUAUUCUUUACACGAGAUUCAACUGGCAUCCGUUCGACCGCGUGGACGAUUCAGACCCGUCCAAGAUCUACGACGCUUUCGUCUCCUUCAACAUCAGGGAUAAAGUUUGGGUAGAAAAAACUUUGCAAGAAAAAUUGGAAAAAGAUCACAAUCCACCGUAUAAAUUAUGCGUUCACUACAGGGACUUUAUCCCGGGGGCACCAAUCGCCGAGACUAUCCUGGACUGUGUUAAGAAGAGUCGUCGAAUGAUCAUGGUUUUAUCGCGAAAUUUCAUACAAAGCGAAUGGUGCAUGUUGGAAUUUCGUGCUGCGCAUCGGAGGGUCUUAAAGGGACGUGUGAAUUAUUUGAUCGUCGUCCUUUUUGACGAUGUUGAUGUGGACAGUUUAGAUGACGAGUUGAAGUUGUAUCUAAAGACGAAUACGUAUUUGAGCGUCGAGAGUAAAUGGUUCUGGCAACAGUUGAAGUACGCGCUGCCGCAGAAAAAACUAGAAACUGGUGACGAGGGACUACCGAAUGAGGGAAUACAAUUUGAAGAGAGGCAUCUUGGCAUGGUUUGAUAGGUAUAGUUAAUAUAAUCUCCACACACACAAUAAGUAUCAUAAAGUUUUGCAGCUUUGUAGAUCGAAAAUUUUAGAACAACAAGUUGCAGUUGCAGAAUUAAUAUGCAACUUUCAGCAGCUUUUUUAUGCAACUUUUUCUAAAGACAUGAAUGAUUAUAAGAACUCUCGAAAUUUACAUUCCGGGACAAAAUCGUCAGGGGGCGGAUCGGCAGGCGAUUUUUGCUUAGGGGAAUCGCUGAUCUGAUGAGACUGGAUAUAGCAACUAUAAGGACGAAAUCGUAGCCCUAGAAGCAGGAAAAAUACUACAUUUGUCGCUAUUUCAAAUAGGGAUCCGAAACUUCGUUAACAGACCACUUGAACCAUGAAGUCAAGUGGUCUUCUAUGGCUACGUUUUCGAGGUAUAGUUAUCCAGUGUAUUUCAGAUCAGUGACGGGAAUGAGGAGAUUCCUCGAGUGAUGCUCCCGUUUACCAAAUAUUUCACUUUCCCUUCGAAUUGCCUCCGGAAUAUUUUGAAUCGUUUUUACCAGCCUUCAGUAAUAUCUACCUAAUAUGACCGAGUUUUGCGAUUGUGUUUAUGAUUCGUUCUUUUCAAAAUGACUUUCUAUCGUUCAUUGUGUUUCAAUGUUAUCAUCAACCAAUAGCAAAGCUUGUUCGUACCGAGCUUGUACCUGCUCGCAAUUCCAAAGAAAUGCAACCGAGAAACGCCGAAAAACGAACCUCGAUUUAACGAUUUAUAACGAUUUAUAUAAUUUUUAACCACCUUGUAUAUAUACGCCGCAGGCUAGAGUCACAUAUUUUUUAUAGUCAGAUACCUGUAGGAUUGGCAUACAGCAUGUAUAUAGUAGUUUCUGUAUUGAAAGACUGGCAAUUUUGUACUGAGUGUGAUAAAAAAAUAACCAGAAAUAAUGAUGUGGGACCGUUUUAAAAAGCAUGUUAUUCUACAAUGAUUAAUCCACAUUUAGAUACUU